UAUGUAAACUCAAUCACCAUAAGCUUCAAUUACAAUCAGUGCAGGACCCAGAGAUCCAUAAUGGAUAGAUAGACUCAAAGAAGAAUAUAGUGCUUUGAUUAAUUAUAUUAAAAAUAAUAAAAGUGAAGAUAAUGAUUGGGUAAAAUUGGAACCAGCAAAUAAAGAAUGUACUAAGUAAUUAAAAUUAAUAAUAAUAUAAUAGUUGGAAAGGUAAAUGUUGGGUGGUCCAUAAUUUGAUUAGAUAUGAAUUUGAUUUUUAAUUUGAAGUAUUAGCAAAACAUUAUUAUUUAGAUUCCUCCAACAUAUCCAUUGGCACCUAUUGAAAUUGAAAUUCCAUCAUUAGAUGGUUUAACACCUAAAAUGUACAGAGGUGGCAAGAUCUGUAUUGAUAUUCAUUUUGCUCCUUUAUGGUAGAAGAACGCUCCUAAAUUUGGUAUUGUUCAUGCUCUAUAAUUGGCUGUAAUAUAUUUAAAGUUGAUAAAUAUUAAUAGUUAGCACCUUGGUUGGCAGCUGAAAUCCCAGUGUUGAUAGAAGAAGGUAAAAUAAAAAAGGAUUGAUAAUGU